AUGAAGUCAACUUCUCUCCUCCUGGGUUCGCUGAUGUUUGCGGUCCCCGCCCUCGCCUUUGAGCCGUCGACCAUACAGAGCCUUCGUGUUGCCACGGCUGCGGCUGGGGUCGCUCACUCCAAGUUCCCACAGGCAGUCGAGGAAGGGCCCGAAGCAGCCAUAUCGAACAUCAGCUCAGCGGCGGCCCAGGCAGCGGAUGAAUCUUCUUCGAUCUCAAAAGGGCUGAAUGUGCAGAGUCGGAAUAACAAAGAGCAGUGCGGCCAGUUGGUUGGGGCCUUGAAGGGCUACUUCAAGGCCAUAGUGACCCUCUCACAUGAUUCCACGAACCCGGCGGUAUUCUGCAGCAAGAAUAUCGAUCGUCUGGGUCCGACUAUAGGAUGGAAUCUGCAUCUUGUUAACCUUUGGAUGGAGCCAUAUUCGACGACGAUAAAGAGGGACUGUGAGGACGGAGAGAAGCUCGUUGCUGGUCUGGUGGGCGACUAUGACACGGCCAUCGACAGCAUCGAGAAGGCUCGCAAGCUGCUGGAAAGCCCUGGAGGUAGGUGUAACAAGUGA